AUGGUUACUUCAAUCUCGCGGCCAUCCACCCCAUCAGAAGCUAAACAUAAAGACGUUAAAGUUAAUGAGUCGAGUCACAUACUAGGUGUUUCUGGAGUGACCUCGGCGCUCCGCGAUUUGAAUUUGAAGUACCCCAACGACAAGCUCAAGCUCGUACCCAAGAAGAACGAGCUUUGGUUCAAAUGUCACGAUUGUCCAGCCAAGCUUUAUAAGGUUGCGCAAAGCGGAAGCCGCAGUGCUUUUCAUGCCGAUAGGGUGACUCGCAAUGGUGAGACAACUAUCACAACAAGAUACGUUCAGAAAAGGAAGGAAAAACUAAAGAAAAUUAGAGGAAAGGAUCCGAUAAGCUCGCGAUGGACGUGGUGGCUCGACGAGAAUCAAGCGCCAAAGUCUCGAAAUGGGAAUUUCGCGAACGUGAAAAGUCCAGAUGGUACACUUGCCAAGAAUGGCGAUAUUGCUGGGCCAUCCAAGACCCAGAGUUAUCCCGAAGGAAUCUUCUGGUGA